AUGGCGCUGCGGCGCCGCCUCCCUGUCCUGUCCACGGAGCAGGCACACGGCGGCACGGCCCUCCACCAGCUGCAGGCGGCGCGCACCUCCCAGUGGAAGCACCAGAUGCUCCCACAGCACAUGCAGCUUUGCGCAGCGCAGCGCACGGGCCACGCCACGCAGAGCCGACCCUCAGUCUGCCCAAGAGGCUGCCUGCGGAAGGCCUGGCAGGCACGGUCGCUCUCCGACAUGAGGCGCGUUGCACUUGCCAGUGCUGCCCUGGCCUUCUGUGUGCCCGCCCAAUGGGUGGGAGGUGCCUCUGCUGCUGUGGCGUGCCUCACGGCUGCGACUGGCCGGCGCCUCGGCGCGUCAGCUCGGCUCGGCGUAGCGAUCGUGGCCAGCGCAACUCGCCUGGACUCAACGCUCAGCCAGGAGCUCCCGCACGCGCUGGCGCGAGUCAUGGCGCAUGCAACGCGUCUGAAUGCUCGCCUCGCCUCGCGCAAAUGCGACCGUCCUCGCAGCCGACAGUCCACCGCCUGCUACAGAAGCACUGCGACGAAUGCGGCACCGGCGACGCAUGGCAGGCUGGUCAUGACGCAGUUAUAG